AUGUUCGCAACCGACUUACCACUGGAUCAAGAGGCGGAGUCUGUUGGAGCGCGGAGGGAGCGAAAGACCAAAGAGCGAUCCAUCAGGUCAAACUCCAUCCAUACUUCACGAACGUCCACUAGUUCCGCAAACUCUGGCUCUACCGACCGUGAGCAAUGGUGGUCUUCAGGCCUGAAGAAAGCAAAGAGUAUAAAACCCAGGAUACUACGACCAUCAACCGGACAAACCACGGAUUCUCAGAGAACCGCGAAGACCGUGCCAGCCGAGUUGGACUUGACCCGCACGCACAAGCUCAAGGAUCCCGCGCUGCACCCUAGCUGGACAUACACAGGCACUAUUCCUGCGAAACUUCCAUCUGGUGAUUCUCUGCAUCCGCAACAAGAUGAAGUACCGGAGCUGGAAGGUGAAAAGUCCUCUCGAAAGACAGACUCCACGAGAUCGCGCGUCUCACAUGACCGAAAGCGCUCGGUGAGGACUCCGCCGGUAGUUGACAGCAGCGAUGACGCAACGCAAGCAAGCCGCGUCAGUCCUAGAUCUUUUGUUACGAGCAGAACUCGUGCCAGUUCCGAGACCCCUGAAGAUAGAAGUGCCCCGCCAAUGUCAAUGCCAGGAGCGAAGAGGGUUGACAGCGGGUGGCCACAGCCAGCUGAAACCGAAGCAAUGCCCAAAGUUGAAGCACUCGAGCUGCAUGACAGCUUCCAGGAGAAAGAACACGAAGACGCUAAGCAUGUCUCAAAAGCGAGCGGUGGCGCAAAUUCCGAGGUCUCCUGCAAGCCUCUCUCGCAAUGGCAAUGUCUCACUCCACGAGGGGUACCUUCGGAAAUACAGUUGCAGUCGCGGUUGACCCCUAAGAAGGUUGCAGUCGCCCAGAAUACCACACCGGACCUCGGACGUUUUACACGAUUUAUCCGGAGAAUGGAGGGAGCCGGUCCCAAAGUCAUCCUGGACCGACUGAAGGAAGAUUGGCAGUGGAGCACAGGCGGAGACGUUGAUGAGGAGCGACGUGUUCAGUUACCGGGCAACGUAUCCUACUUGACAGUGCGCAAGCUUGGUGCUGUUCCACUGCCUUACCCAGAGGACUACUUCUCGCAUAUAAGAGCAUCGACGUUGCCAUCGCUGGUACCAUCUGCCAUAUUACCGGAACUGUUCAGCGAAUGUCACAAGCUGCUCGCUACCGGUGGUUUCCUAGAGAUCAGGAUCAUGGAUGCUGCCCCGGUACGCAAGACUACCGGCCCAUUGAUGCGAACCUGGAUCGAGGACAGACUCUCCGUCAAUCUGGAGCGAGACUUCAGAUGCUCAAAGCCAUGUUCGCUGGUCCCCAGUUGGCUGACAGCUGCCGGAUUCGAGAUGCUCGUUCAGGAAGACAACCAGAGCAUGACGCUACCGUGCGCUAUCGACUCAGAUACUGCCAAUGUGAACGAAGAGCUUUCCAUGAUCAUCGGCCGGGCCUUCUGGAAGGACAUAUGGGGUAGCUUCGUAGACGACGCUCAAGACGAACCGAAGUGGUGGUGGGAAGACGAAGAGAUCGUUCAAGAAUGUGUAAAGCGCCAAACCUUGCUCGAGUGCAGGACGAUAUUUGCAUACAAGCGAUGA